CUGGCGUAGUUUGCGACACCUUGGUAUAAUUAGAUUGUAUAUUAACGCUUUCCCCCACUGUUACCUUGUUUCAGCAUUUUGAUUCUAAAGAUAUAAAAUAGGAUUUCAAUCUGUAGAUCACGGAUUUGUAAAAGCAAUGCCACGAAAGUCAAAAGUAGACGAAACCACUUUUCUGCUAAAUUCAUCGACCGCUGCCGCCCAGAGGCAGCUCCGUCGUCUCCGCUGUGCAAGAAGAAUGCGUGGGAUUUUUUUCUGUGUUUUUCUAAUUUUCGCCACUGCGUUGAUCAUGUACGUUGGCCACAAAGUAAUAUCCGAUCGCUCUUCGUCAGUAGAACAUGAAAACGACAGCGACCAUGGUUCCAACUUGUUGCUCUUUUCUACAUUUAAUCAAAAAUCAGACUUAACAAACGAUGUAAUUGUGGAUGAUGAAUCGUUCAGUCUUGAAGAUAAUUUUGAUUGGACAAAUCUAAUCCAAAUGUUUGUGCGGUACUGUUCAUACCUAGAGAAGUUUCACCCAUCGGACCAUGACCACAAAUGGAAAAACUUGUCUCAACAUUGGACAUCUUGCCAAAAGGAGCAUGAUAAGCCAGCGAUAGCACUCAAACACCCACAGCAAGGUCCUGAAUAUCACAAAGAUACCUCACGUUCUGAAAAUUCUAAAUCAGCCGAAACCUUUCUCAGUUUGUACUUAGCCGAAUUUUGCCAUGAAUUAAACAAACAAAUUAAUUCUUCAAGAGCCACUGAAAGUCCCCUUUCGAUGGUGGAACUGUGGAUGGAAGUCAACACUCAUCAUAUGUCAGGAAACAGUAGUUGUACAGAUGACAUGAAAUUUUCAAACAAGCAAUGCUUGAAGCAGUUAGCCAUAGAUGUUUUACAUCAACUGGAAUCUCCUUGCAUUAUGAUAGAAGAAAAUGUCACUUCGUCAUCUUCAAAUAACUGUACAAAAAUAACAAAACUUUUGAAAGAUGUGCUGUUGCUUCACAAUGCCAACAUGAAUUCAUCAUUCGACACCCAAACUCGUAACAUCAUUAACAGACUCUUAGAAAUACUAAACUACCCAAAGAAGGACAGGAUUCAAGUACAAAAGAAAUCUCAAGAGGAGAAAACACGGACAUAUGUGAAGGAUAACUUUCUUGACGAAGCUUAUCAGAAUGGCCUCCAAUAUUUGGAGAACCGACGGACUAAAGAAGACAACCUGUUCAGAGCAGGAAUCCGACCCCCAAAAGGAUCAGCCACAGAAACCCAUCAGAAUUUCCUUCGGCCCGACACUCAGUCAAAAGUUUUGGCAAAUGAAGCCGUGAUAACCGAAGGAACUGUAAAAUACAUAAAAGAAAAGCUAAACCUGACAGAAGAAGAUGUCUUGGAGAUCAUUCAUAAGGGAUCUCAAUGCCCUCAUCAAAAACUAGUUCUUCACGCUCGAAUAAAUCUCACGGACUCAACACACUGUCAACCCAAUUUUCCCUAUCGCCGUAUUGAUGGAAGAUGUAACAACCUUCAGCAUACAGAGGCAGGGAGCGCAUUUACUCCUUAUCGAAGGUUGUUGCCACCUGAUUACGCAGACGGCGUGUCUCAACCCAGAACUGGAUUACAUGGACACCCACUACCAAGUUCUCGGCUUAUUACAUCGAAGAUGUUAGCAGUUAAGAAGAAACCCGAUUGUAACUGCACGCUAAUAACAAUGUUGAUGGGGUUAUUUGUGGACCAUGAUUUGACGAACACCGCCACGAGUGAAGGUAAAGAUGGCAGUGUUGUUACUUGUUGCGACAAGAUGAUCCAAGGAAACAAAGAUUUAUUACAUCCAGAAUGUUAUCCUAUUGAAAUUCCACCCGACGACCCCUUUUUUGGUCCCCAUAAUGUCACAUGUAUGGAUUUUGUUCGAGCUAGCCCUGUUGGGUGUUGGGAGUUUGGUAAAAAAAGCUGUCGAGGCCAAAGACAACAGUUAAACCAGAUUACGUCCUUUUUGGAUGGAUCUGGUGUGUACGGUUCCACGGACGAACUGGCUAGUCAAUUACGCAGUUAUAAAGGAGGAACGCUGAAGUCGAGUAACAUGCGUGGAAGAGAAAUGUUACCGAUGAAGAAAGAUAAAAAAACCUCGUGUGGAAAUCCAGAACGACGUCAAUACUGCUUUAUAUCUGGGGACAGUCGUACAAACGAACACGUGAAUCUCAUGGUUAUGCACGCCAUCUGGAUGAGAGAACACAACAGACUUGCUAAAAUUAUUCAAGAUUUAAAUACUAAUUGUUCUGAUGAAACCAUUUUUCAAGAGACACGUCGAAUUGUCAUCGCCGAGAUUCAGCAUAUAACUUACAGUGAAUACUUACCAUUAUUGUUAGGCAAAGAUAUUAUCCAAAAAUAUAAUCUUACUCUGGCUGAGGACGGAUAUUUCUCCGGAUACGAUGAUGACGUAGACGCGUCUCUCAACAACAACUUCGCAGCUGCAGCUUUCCGAUUUGGCCACAGUCAAGUGCGGGAAAUCGUACCUUUGGUGAAUAAACGUUACGUUAAACUGGACGAAAAUCCUAUCCACUGGACAUUUUUCAACCCUGCUACUCUGUAUGAAGUCGGCUUUGACGCCCACGUGAGAGGCGCGCUGAAGGCGAGAUCACAGGCCGUCGAUAAUUACGUCAAUCCCGAACUUAGAAAUCGACUUUUUCAAUCAAAACACAGAAACUAUGGACUUGACCUAUCUGCUUUCAGUAUACAAAGAGGAAGAGAUCAUGGGGUACCGGGCUACACAAGUUGGCGUGACGUAUGCAAUCAAUCAGCGAUAUAUACUUGGGAAGACUUGCAUGGUAUUAUGUCCGAUCAAUCCAUACGAAUUUUGAAACAAUUGUACAGGUCAGUCCAUGAUAUUGAUUUAAUCCCUGGAGCUCUGUCCGAGCGACACCUCCCGGGAGCAUUGGUCGGUCCAACUCAUGCAUGUCUCAUUGCUGAACAGUUUUACCGAACUAGGGUAGGAGACCGUUUCUGGUAUGAAAACGGUAAUCAGUCAGGCUCUUUUACAGAAGGUCAGUUAUCAGAAAUCAGAAAGGUGACACUUUCUCGAAUUCUCUGUGACAACUCAGACGACUUGAAUAAUAUUCAACUCAAAGCAUUUAUGCUUGCAGAUAAACAAAGCAACCCAGUUGUUUCAUGUGAUGAUGCAAAACGUCUUCCCAAACUGAACAUGGAGGCCUGGGCAGGCAUGUGUAACAAAGAAGACAACGAGUAAGCUGCCGAUCUUCAAGAUCUCACCUUUUGUAUGCGUAUGAAAAUAUAGAAACCUACGUUAGAUUUUAAUUGUUUGUAAGGUUGAGUAGAUAUUAAAUGUUUCAGAUACAUUCUUUCGUUUUAUUUGUUGUAGCACAAAGUAGCACGAUGAAGCAUGUGCGCUGUAUCUUAUAUAGGUUAUGAUGUAUUUCAUCCCUGUGCCUAAAUUCUAAAACAUUUUUUCUGGUAUCCUUGAUAAAAGCUCUUAGAAUGGAUCAAGUACAGAAUAAAUUGCAAAAAUAUUUUAAAUAAUAAUUGGCCUACAGGUUUUGACUUUCCUUAAUGUUUCGAACUUUCAACUUCAGUGAUGUUGAUAUUAAUGAAUAAAAAAAAAGCGAAAUAACAUGUUAAGGAUAAAUAUACAUUUAUAUUGCCUUUUGAAGGUUAGAAACUUAUACUCUUCGAGAAAUAUAAUGACAUUUAUCAUGGAUAACUGAAAUAUUAUUUUAUGGCCUAUUAGAUACUUAUAACUUUUUUACCGGUGGUUCUUACUAUUUAAUAGUACUAAGUGUAGUGAGGCUCUAAAAAUAAACAAACAAAAAUAGACAUGCUUCCUUCAUUACAAAGACCUUUAACCAAUUAACACAACUGAGAAAAUAUGAGAACAGUUUAAAUAGCACGCAAGUUUUUAACCACUGUGUUUAUGAACUACAUCAAAUCGCGAUGAUUCCGUGCACCAUAAUCAUAGUUUGAUAGUAUUUUAAAGUUAAUUUUUAGGUCAUGCCAAACCGAAAACAUUUGUACUAGCACUAAUAACAAAAGCUCAACUUUUACCAAAAAUAAAUAUAACUAAAGAAUAAGGCAGAUAAAAAAUAAGCAAUACGAAAUGUAAAAUAUCUGUGUAUUUUUAUUUUGCUAUUUACCCUAAUCAAGGAGUUUAUAUAUUAAGUAAUAAUUUACUCACCAAUGUCUAGAUAACGUUGCGCUAAUACGUAGUAAAUUUAGGGUAAAUGAGUAGAAGCUCUUCUAAAGAUAUUUUCUUCGUCUUUAUUGUAUUGAUUCACCUACUUACAACGUUCGUAUUCAUCUUUGUUAUGUUUAUUUUGCAGAAAUAUGUUCCUCUAGUUUACUUCAUUCAUAAAAUCAUUCAUUUAUUUACAGUUUCUGUUGUUACAGUUGUUUAUACUCCGUUAAAUCAAACAACCACGAUUCUUGUAUCAGUUCGUACUCAUUUCUCAUUUUUUCAUUCAAACUGAGUACCGUUGGUCCAUGUUUGGAACUAAAUAUUAGUCCAAGAAAAUGCUUAAAUCAAUUUUUUAUGAGUGUGUCAUUUUCUACGUUUUUAACUACUCAGGGCUUGCUUUGUCUGCUACUUUGUAUUUUGGCUGUAUAAUUUC